GACAGAGACCGAGGAGCAUCGAGAGCAGCAGCUCAUUGUCAGGGAAAUGACCAAUGGCCCGGGCUUCCUUCUGGCUUGCGGAUCGGUAUUACUCUGGUCUGGGGAUACAAUGGGAUUCCGAGCUGAUGUUCAUCGCUUCAGCUUUUUAAAGCGCCACAGUCCCCAUUCAAUGUUGAAGUCGGUUGAUCACAAGGACAGAGUUUCGACCUAGUUCUGUUAACCUCCCAUAGGAGUAUGCAGUUCAGAGUGAUACUUCCACUCUCGGAGUUCCUGUUAUUCUGUGUCGGUGGCAUACUCGCAGACUCCCCGCUGUUAUUACAGGAUCGGAGCUGUUUCCUUUACCGGAAUCACUAUUAUGACUAUGUGGCCGAGGAGCUGCCCUGGGCACGAGCAGGGAGGUGGUGCCGCCAGAGAUUUGGAUUUCUGGCUGCUGUCAGCACAGCUGAAGAUAACCAGAAAAUGACCAGCUUCAUGCAGUCGAUGAGGGUGACGAAAGCCUUGUGGAUUGGUGCUAAAAUAAAGGAGGGAGGCCCUGGUACUUUUGGUUCACACAUUCUGACCUUUUCCGGCCGAACUGACACCAAAUAUGCCAAGCUUCUGAAGCAGUUCCCUCAGUUGCAUUCGGUCACCGUUUGCGCUCAAGUGCAGUUCGAUUCAACUUAUGUGGGAGUUUCCACGGUCUUCUCCUAUUCAGUGCCUUCAUUUAUCAACGAGUUCCAGCUCCGCGCGAACAUUGUCCGGGGGCAGCACAUUCAGCUUGCGCUGCUCGUCCAUGGUGUGCACAGCCCUUACUCACAGGCGGUUGACAAUAAUGGUCGCUGGCACCAUCUCUGUGUGAGUUGGGCCCGCCAGGGCGGGGAUUGGGCCAUCGCAGCCGAUGGGGCUGUCAUUUCAUCCGGGGAGCAGCUUUACAUCGCAGAUGACAUCGGAGCGGGCGGCGUGUUCAUCGUUGGCCAAGAGCAAGACACCUUUGGGGGAUCAUUUAAGAAGGAUGAAUCUUUCGUCGGGAAUAUUACCCAGCUCCACAUUUGGGACCGUGUAUUGAACACUGACGAGAUUCGAGCUUUAGUGGAAGAUUGUUUGGUCAUUUCACUGGGAUUGUUCUUCCAAUGGAAUAUUUCCAGCUUUGAAAUUGAAACGUCGGUGCAGGUCCAUGAGGGAUUUUCACAGUGUAAAGGUGAUGGAUUCCAACUCACUGAACCAUUUGACAUUUUGUGGGUUGAUGGAACUUUGCCCCGUUUUCACAACAUCUCAUCAGAUGUCAGCCACCCAGUUAAUAAAGGAGAAUGUGUAGCCUUUGACCCAUUAACUGGAGCAUGGGAAUCAGAAAACUGCUCAAAACAGAAAGAAGCACUCUGUCGAUAUGACAAAGAUAUAUAUGAACAAAUGCAAAACUUGUCUUCUCUUCCACCCUCUCCAUUUUUCCUACAAGUUAAAGCAAAUUCCAUUCGUGUUUCAAUUGCGGAUUAUUUGCUGCUGAACCAAAGCGAUUACCCAGAAAAUGUGUCUGUUGCAAACUACAUCACCAGCUUGUUGUGUGAAGCUGCAGAUCAAAGCCACACUAAACUCACCUCUGCUGACUUGCUUGCGUUGACGAGAUUUCUCGGAAAUGUUGCUGAACUGGAUUUUGAAAGUGAAGCGAGUAAUUCCAAAACAAUUUUGAGCUUGGCAACUAACUACAUUAAAUUGGCGAGCAAAAUCAUAGAUGUCAAGUAUUCCUUGGAAUGGCUCUUUAUAUCCGAGGUGAUCCGUGGACCCUAUGUUAUCAUUCACAGUGUUGAUACACUUGCUGAGAAACUGUCUGAUAUUUUAUUUUCUAUUGGACCAAGUAUUGUCCUGUCAACAGAAAAUAUAGACAUGCAGUUCAAACUAAGCCGGUUGUCCAGUUUGGGAAGUGAUCUUGUUUACAAACCCAAAUGCCUCUCUGCCCGGAAUCGAGCGGAUGAAAUUCAGGUUCCUGAUUCGGAGAUGUCCCGGCUUCUCUCUUCUGGGUACAGUGAAUUGAUAUUUAUAAAUGCUUACUAUCGGAGUGUGGAGCAUCAUUUGGCACCUCAUAAUCUCGACUCUGUAUUACUAGCUGGGAGAUCAGACAAACGUUUGCAGAUAAAUCAACUUCAAACAGCUGUUAUCUCUUCAACUGUACGUGAUCCAGUCAGAGCAAGAAACAUCCCCACUGCUGUGCAGUACUCUCUCUCACACAGGCCUGUGGUUGGAUAUUCAAAAGUCGCCAUCCCGGCUUGUGUGUUUUGGAACUUCAGUCUUCUAGAUGGACAGUAUGCGGGAUGGUCAAACCAAGGUUGCAAACUGAUUCAGUUUGAGUCUGAGAUCACAAUCUGCUUCUGUAACCACACAACCAACUUCGCUGUGUUAAUGCAGUUCACAGAAGUACAGUGGGGUUUGGAGACGGAGAUAAUCUUAAACAAGUUGACAUUCAUUGGAUCUGGAGCCUCACUGUGUGCCCUUGUGGUUACCUUGACCCUUUUCACCGUGCUGGAUAUUCCAAAAUCUGACCGAACCUCCAUUCACAAGAACCUGUUUGUAGCUCUGAUUGCAGCCCAGGUGAUACUACUGAGCAGUGACUCAGCAACAAAUAGUGAGGCUGCCUGUACUGCUGUGACUGCCCUUCUGCACUUGUUCUUCAUGGCUGCUUUUGCAUGGAUGAUGGUGGAGGGACUGCUCCUCUGGAGUAAAGUGGUUACUGUUAAUUUAAGUGAAGAACGGAGAAUGAAAUAUUACUAUCUAAUAGGCUGGGGUCUCCCUGUCCUAAUAGUGACCAUCACACUGGCAGCAGCACAUGACAAGUACAUUUCAGACAGAUACUGUUGGUUGAAUGUUCACAAUGGAGUGAUUUGGGCCUUUGUUGGGCCAGUUAUCUUCAUCAUUAUGGUGAACAUGUUUGUGCUCACACGUGUUGUACUGAUCACUAUGUCAACUGCCAAGCGCCGGGCCACCAUGCUUGCUGUUAACAGCAGCCCCAUCGAGCAAGCCUACGAUCAGAUUAGGACUGCUGUGAAAGCUGUGCUGGUGCUUUUGCCCAUUCUCGGCCUCACAUGGCUCUCUGGUGUCCUGGUUCCACUCUCUGUUGUCAUGGCGUAUAUCUUUGUGAUACUCAAUUCCCUGCAGGGUCUCUUCAUCUUCCUGAUAUAUGGAGUGUACAACACAGAGAUAAGGAGUACAAUCAAAAGACUAAAAGAAAGAAGAAGAGCUCUGAACUUUUCAAAUUGUGCCACUUCCCGACCAUCAAGCUCUUUGACCAGCUCCAGACCUGCUAGUUCACCUGUGACAGGGUCGGAGAGCCUUGCUAAAGAUGAUGGGUUACAGGUUACAGAUGGACUCAACCUGCAAGGCAUUUGCAAAAUGUCCUUCUAUGACAACAGUGUUGUAUAUGAAAAUCCAGCCGCUGAGAAUGAGAGACAGCUGUCAACCCCCAGCCUGCCGCGAGGACCUGAUGAAGAGUUAUCUUGCAGUUCUCAGAGCCCAGUGACCUCCAGUAAGGGUUGCAAAGCUGAUUGUCCUGUGCCCAGUGGACGGGAGGAUAUGGAAGAUGGCUGCAGCCUGCAUGUACCCAUAGAGCUCGAAGAUCGCUCCUGCUCCUCACUAAAUGUCAUGUCCCUGAAGCGAGUUGGCAGCUUAUAUUUGGACUGAUUAAAUCAAGAUGACAAACAUCCCUCCAACUGGUGUUGUGCAUUGGGCUAGAAAGUGAUGAUGCUAUGGUGGAAUCUGCGUGUGGCAGUAGUGGGGAAUGCUCUUGAUUGUCUUUAAGGAAAGAGAUAAGGCAGAUUGAUAAUAGAUGUUCUGUCAUCAUUAGGGUCGAAGCCCUUUGCUGCCGUCUAGAAGUUUGCCAUCAUUUAUAAGAUCAGGGAGGUUAACCUCUGUGUUUGUUCCAUCUCUAUUUUACUUGACUCAAACCUAUCAGUCCAACAACAGUCCAAAGGGGAAUGGCAAAUAGAGCUUUUGCUGGUAAAAGGUGUUAUUAAAAAUUAUUUAUCGAACUUUUUCUCUUUAGAGUUUGUUUGCUAACUGAGAAAGAUAAGCUGUAGUCAUAGUUGAAUGAAUUAUGCAGGUAAAAUGAUGGUCAGAGCAUCACAGUUAAUACAGUACAGACUAAAACAUAAGACCAGACGUAGCUGCAGAUUCCUUAAAUAAAUGACAAUGUGAUGCAUUUAACCUUUUGUUUUUAGCAACAAUCAGUAACUGUCCUCAUUAUGACUAGUGACUGAAUGUUAGCGUUGUUGUUUAAAUCACUAACGUUGAUCAGUUGAACCAGUAAAAAUAUGAGCAGCAGUGGUUCUUUUAAAAGUUGUACAUAGAAAGAUGGCAUUUGAUCAUUGUGACAAAUUGGAGGUUUGGGUUGACUGUCGAACAACUGUAUAUUAUCAGGUACAGAAAGGAACCGGAAUGCUGCCAAUAUUUUUUCUAAUUAUAACUUAGAGAUUUAACACAGUCCUGGUUGCAGUAGCAGUGUUGCAAUACUGAUAAUAUAUUGAUAUAUCAGGACAAGUAACAUUAACAAUUGACACCAUCCACAUUUUAUAUGCUGGCAAGGAUAUAUUGUAACAAUUGUGAUUAUGGUAAAUCAAUAGUAGAUUGUGACACAGAGUUAAAACUUUGCAGAGAGUGGUGAAAUUUCUGGCAGGUCACUAUUUUACCAUUUCCUCCGCAUCAUACUUUCCAAAGUGAUUGUACUGUGUUGUGAUAAUUCAUGUAUGUGAGGUUAAUUCUGUGAUUUUACCAAAUGUUGUAGAUACACAUACAAAAACGUUUUGAAUAUGGUAAAGCACAGCUAAUUUACUUAUUUGUGUACUGGGUUUCUAUGCGAUCAAUUAUUCUGUACUAAAAUGUAAUUCUGUUCAAUGUAUUUUUUCAUCCAUGAAUGUUGAUGUGGCUCUAGUCUCAAAAGAUAAAAUACAUCAAGCUUAUUUUAAUUCAAAGUUUUAUUAAAAAUAAGGAAUAAUAG